GGAGGUGCCGUCCUGAUGAACGGGGGCCCCCUGGAGGGGGUCCUCCCGCCUCCUGCCAGUCCCGCCCAGAGCCAGCUCUCCUUCCAGAUCCAGCCGGUGACCCCGUCCGCCGAGCCCAGCCAGCCCCGGGAGACGUGGGGAGGGAAGUACGAGUUCCUCCUCUCCUGCAUCGGGUACUGCGUGGGGCUGGGCAACGUGUGGCGGUUCCCGUAUCUCUGCUAUCGCAACGGGGGCGGGGUGUUCCUGAUCCCGUACGCCAUAAUGCUUCUAUUCACCGGGCUGCCUCUCUUCUUGAUGGAGCUGAGCUUGGGCCAAUAUGGCGCUGCAGGACCCAUCACCGUCUGGAAGUGCUGCCCGCUCUUGAAAGGGAUUGGGAUCGGAAUGCUGCUGGUCUCCUCGCUGGUCUCUCUCUACUACAACAUCAUCAUUGCUUGGACCUUCUAUUACCUGGGCAUGUCUUUGCAGAGCCCCCUGCCCUGGUCCUGCGAUGCCCCACAGAACGCCCACCUCUGCCAGUUCCAGAACGAAUCCUGGGGCAACGCCUCUCGAGUCAGCGCCAGCGAAGCCUUCUGGAACGAACAGGUCCUUGGCGUGGUCCACAGCACCGGCCUAGGCGACCCUGGCCCCGUGAGAUGGCCGCUGGCUCUGUGCCUGCUGCUUGCCUGGCUGGUCAUCUUUCUGUGCAUGCUCAAGGGAAUCCACAGCUCAGGAAAGGUGGUCUACUUCACAGCGACCUUCCCCUACGUGGUCAUCGUGGUGCUGAUCAUCCGAGGGGCUACUCUGGAGGGAUCCAUCGAGGGCGUGAGAUUCUACCUCUCCGCAGACUGGAGCCGGCUGAGCAGUGCUCAGGUCUGGAACGAUGCUGCGUCGCAAAUCUUCUAUUCUCUGGGCAUUGGCUUCGGGGGUCUCCUUUCCAUGGCUUCUUACAACAAGUUUGACAACAAUGUGAUCAGGGACACCCUGGUCAUCGCCAUUGGCAACUGCUGCACCAGUUUCUUUGCUGGCUUCGCCAUCUUCUCCAUCCUGGGUCACAUGGCUUGGCGGAAGAAAGUCCCUGUGGGGAAAGUGGCAGAUUCAGGUCCAGGUCUGGCUUUUGUGGCCUACCCAGAAGCCCUUGCUCUGCUGCCGGGGUCGGCCUUCUGGUCCAUCCUCUUCUUCCUGAUGCUCUUCACCCUGGGAGUGGACACCUUGUUCGGAAACAUGGAAGGAAUCACGAGGGCAGUGAUGGACGAGUUUCCUUCGCUUCGCGACUGGAGGCGCAAAGCCGUCUUCCUGGGGCUUCUCUGCUUUGCCUUCUACCUUCUGGGGCUCCUGCUAAUCACAGAGGGUGGCAUCUACUGGUUCACUCUAAUGGACUCUUACAGCACCAGCUUUGGGCUCAUCAUCAUCGCCCUCUUCAUGUGCCUCGGAGUUACCUUCUUCUACGGGAUCAACAAGUUCUGCCAAGACAUCGUGGACAUGAUCUGCCGCUGCCCGCCCUGGUGCAGCCAACUGGUGCUGUACUUCAAAGCCUGCUGGGUGGUCUUCACGCCAGGGCUCUUGCUGUUCACCCUCUUCUACAUCUUCCUGGAUCUGUCCAGCACGACUUUGCAUUACGGCACCUACCAGUAUCCCCGGUGGGGGGAGGCCCUGGGCAUUUGCAUGGGGGUCGUGACCUGCAUCCAGAUCCCUCUCUGGGCAGCCAUCGCCCUCUUCAAGGAGUCGGGGACCCUGGCAGAUCGUUUCAGGAAAGCCAUCUGCCCUCUGAACUCCUGGCGAACCGCCAGCAGCCGAGACGCAUCUCAUGAGAUCAUCGAUGUUCCCUACACGGUGAACCUGACGGACAACGACUUCACGGGGGGCUGGCAGCCGCCACACAGCAACGAAGCGUCGAUCUGCGGGUGAACAGAGAGGGUGGCAGCUCACGGCCCGCCUGCCAGCCGCAUGGAGCCGCGGUUGUCCGCCUUUGCCAACAGCAACCGCCCUUCUCGGCUUCCUUGGAGACGUCCCCAUCACGACGUUGACGAAGACCUCCAGGAAGCCCUGCUGCGGUUUGCU